AUGGGUCCAGGUUUGUUUAGUUUGCCUUGGGAUUCGAGUUCUCCGCAGUACCGCAUCGUUCGUCUUGAGAUAGUUCCGGUGUCUGUACACCACGAAAUAGACGAUUCAGGUCGUUUGAAUUGCGGGCUGCCGCCUGUUGAUCAUUUACAAGAAAGUACAGAGAGCCAGCAGCAGUCUCCGUUUCCUGCGUUGCCAGCAUUCAGCUUUCGUGCGGACGAUGCAGCAGAAACAGAAGAGAACAGCGAGGGGGGAGGGGGGGGAGUUGUUGAGCCGCUUUCUUUGAGUUUCUCCUAUGAUGUUGUGUUUCAACCAAUAGCCAUGAUUCUGUUGCGAGUGCUGUAUAGAGAUAUAAGCAGAUACAACGAUCUUCUUGCUGAUGAAGAAGAUGUAGAAGAAAAAGGAUGGAAAUUGUUACAUGGAGAUGUAUUUAGAAAGCCAGCUCAUUCAACUGUACUCGCAGCACUGACGGGAUCAGGGAUGCAGCUCGUCGGCAUGGCCUUCGUCACCGUUAUAUUUGCUGGUCUUGGUGUUUUUUCGCCUGCAUUCCGCGGGAGUUUGUUGCAGACGAUGCUUAUACUAUGGACCGUCAUGGGGGCUGUUGCCGGCUACACCUCAGCACGGAUGUAUAAAUUGUUUAAGUCGGUGAACUGGAAGAUGACGACGAUCCGCACAGCUCUGGUGUUUCCCGGUGUGGUGUUUUCUGUAUUUUUUUUAAUGAACGUCGUGCUGUGGUCUCAGCAGUCUUCUGCUGCUGUUAGCUUUACGGGGCUGCUGGCGCUGCUGGCUCUGUGGUUCGGCAUCAGCAUUCCCCUGGUCUUCGCGGGCGCCUACUACGGCUUCAAGCAGCCGGCAAUAUCUAUCCCCGUUCGCAUCAACAAAAUACCCAGACAAGUGCCGCAGCAGCCCUGGUUUAUGCAUCCUGCUUUGUGUUCUUUGGUUGGCGGGGCUUUGCCUUUUGGGGCUAUGCUGACGGAGCUGUUCUUUCUCUUCUCCUGCAUAUGGCAGCACCGCUUCUAUUAUCUCUUCGGUUUUUUGUUUUUGGUGUUGAUAAUACUGUGUAUAACAUGCGCGGAGAUUUCGAUAACUUUUGUGUACUUUCAGCUGGUGUGGUGA